UUACGAGGAAGUUAUGUAUUUAUAUAAGGACAUAUCAUGCACCGCAUUUAGACAACACAGACAUGUCCAAAAGGCUGUGACUGUUGACAAGGGACACACCGACUUACUAUUUUUACAUCUGGAUACGGGUCCUUACGUGUCAACUUCAACACCCGCUCAACUACGAUCCUCGUUGCAAAAGCCAUGGAGUCCUCAGCGGUUGUACCGGCAACCACCAUCGACGCCGCACCUACGGCGCCCUCAACGUCCGCACGCGAAGUCCCAGCGCUGGACAGGGAAUCGUUCAGACAAGUAUUAAACGUCACCGCGCUCCGGGUUCCAAAUCGAAAAUGCUCCGAAAUGAUGAAGGCAUUUCGCGGGUUUACGCUGGACCGUCCUCGCCUGCGCUGCAUCGUCCAAAAUGGUGACAGCUCCGAAACUAAACUGCUGCUACUGGAUGAGAACAUAAAACUGGAAGAUCUGCCCCCCGAGCUGCUGAACCGCAUGCAGGCCGAGGGGGUGACACUCGCAACCACCAACCACCCUGUCGUACUGGACUACUCGAUGCUGUCCACAGAUGCCGUCCUGAAGCGGCUACUACCGGCCGGAGUGGAUGCGCCCAGCUCCUUUGAGACCAUUGGCCACAUCGCCCACCUGAACUUGAGGGACGAGCAGCUGCCGUACCGCCACCUCAUAGGCACCGUACUUUUGGACAAGAACCCGCACUUGAAAACGGUGGUCAACAAGUUGGGUUCCAUUGAGAACCAGUACCGGGUGUUUGAGAUGGAGGUGAUAGCGGGGGAGAAGAAACUGGAGACGGAGGUCACCCAACACGGGGCCAGAUUCAGGCUGGACUUCUCGCAGGUAUACUGGAACUCCCGUCUGGAGUCGGAGCACUUGCGGCUGGUGUCCUCCUUCCAGCAAGGGCAGGUGCUGGUCGACAUGAUGGCGGGCAUAGGGCCCUUUGCGAUACCGGCGGCGCAAAAGGGGCUCACGGUUUACGCCAACGACCUGAAUCCCCGCAGCGCCCACUACCUGGCCGUCAACGCCCGUCUCAACCGCCUGGGCCCCUCCGGACUCCACGUCUUCAACAUGGAUGGCCGCGCCUUCCUGCGCCUCCUCAACUCAGCGGACUUGGGGUCGCUCCCGGAUGUUCCCGAGUGCUUUGCUCCACCCGCUGGUGGUGUCGUGUUCGACCACUUGGUUAUGAACCUGCCCGCCUCCGCCAUUGAGUUCCUUGACGCCCUCAGUGGCGCCUUCGACCCCGCCACCUGGUCGGAGAGGUCCCUGCCCUGGGUGCACUGCUACACAUUUAAAAGGGCUGCGGAGACGGAGGCGGACAUCCUGGCCAAGGCCGAGCACUACCUGGGCGGACCACUGGAACCGGGAUCUUGCUCCGUACACACCGUACGGGACGUAGCACCCAACAAGCUCAUGCUGUGCCUCAGCUUCCGUGUCCCUAGGGAUGUGGCGUUCCUGGGUCGCGCUGCAUGA